AAAUCGAACAGACUUCGGUGAACGGCAUUUUAUGAUUGCAAGCGAUAGAGUGAGCGUGUUUGUGUUUCAUCUAUAACUAGUAUAUUAUCUAUAUUCAGAGUGCAGUUUUCGUGUGCGAAUUUAAAAAAAAAAAUGUCCGUCAAAAUACUCUACUUAAUCAUCUGUGCGAUUGCCGCAACCGCUCAUGGGAAACCCAGCAACUACAAUUAUGUUAAUGCUACCCUGCCUGAAGACUGUAAGAAGAAUUACUGUUUCACGAAAACUCAACACUAUCCAACAGAAUUAAUAGAUAGCAUGCUUGUCGACUUGGACAAUAGUAUUUCUGUGGACACGGAUACAACGACUAAAAGAAUUGGCGAUGAUAUUGACAGUAAUGAUUGCGAGAAGAAUAGCUAUUACCAACCGAUCUACCAAAUAAUCGACGAGAACGACCGCGUGCGGUACGUUGUACAAUCGAAAAAAUUCAAACAGGUUCUUCGUGUCGAGGAAUGCAUGUUGCCGGGACGUCUCACCACUGACUCGAUACACUUCACUGACACUCAACUUCAGUACAUCCACCUGGCUUGUGAGGAAACCUACCUCGACUACGCCUUCUUAGUUCUCUCUCUGGACAGUACUAAAAUCGAGAGCGUGAAGACAAAAGGUGGAAUUCCAGUGAGCUGCGCUUGUAAAGUUAGGAGAUUAUAAUAUUUAUAAUACAACGGACAUAACAUAAUAUUGACACAGUUAAUCUUUUGCUGUGUUUAGUGAAAUUACUAAAGGUUGUUAGUGAAGACGUUCCUAUCACAAGGGUUUCUUAUUUAUUGAACCCUAAUUAACUAUCAAAAAGUGAAGAGACUCGCAGAAAAUCGUAGUGAGUGGCAAGAGCUCCACCGACAAGAGUACAACUCUUAAAUAGGAUAGAUAGAUAUCGGUAACGGUAUCACUAGUAUAACACUAAAAAUGGCCCUAGACAAGAUACAAACGAAUCUAUCGGUUAGUGCGCACGCGAGAAAGUACAAGACGGCGCAUAUUUCCAUCUCAUUCUAUCUCAUGGGGUCGCAAGCGAUAAUGAUUCUGUCAAUAGACUCGUUUGUACUUACUGAGGCGGUAGACGGCAAGUUAGCUAUCAUAGUCGUCUGCACUAUUAUGAUGAAUUUACCAAAAAUUAAUGGCUAUAGUUUCCAGUGAGGACUGUUUGAAAAUCAACUUGAUAGGAUAUGCUUUACUCGUAUUGCUAGCAAUAAGUGUUCGUUACUAACACUCCCUCCGACCCCGACAUAUGGAAAGGAAAACAGAUGAUCGAUGUAAUGAAAAAUGUUAACCAUAGCCUAAAGACAUUAACAGCACUGUGGACGUCAUAGAAUACACUGAGACGCCAGUAUUAACUCAGAAGUGUUACUAUUUCAUGACUUCAAAAACUGUGAUGUAAUUUGUAUACAAUUAUAGUUUUUAAAGUCAAACUAUACAAGAAAUACAUUAUUUUGUACAUACAAAUAAAGUGAAAUACGUCUGCUUUAUUUUCUAAUCGAUGAAUAUGGAUAAAACGAUGAAGAUGAUGAUUUAUUUGUCAACUGACCUUAAUUGACCAAUACUCGUAAAUCAAUUUAAAGGGUAUCGUAGUAUAUUCAUAGUACAUAGUAUAAGGCCAUGUGGUUCCGGCAUAGAACAGGCCACCCCUUCUUUUCCCAUGGCUGUCGUAAGAGGCGCCUAAGGGAACUUAAUAGUCAAGGAAUGAACAGCAGUAUCCCUCUUAAAAUAUCACCAAAGUCUACCUGCGGCUGUCAACCCGUCCGCCAAGUGUGGCAACUACUGGCAAAUCUCCCCUUAUCGGGGAGGCCUAUGUUUAUCAGAGGACAGUGUUCAUAGUGCUAUUCAUGUCUAGCGACGGUUACAACUUUCCAUCAGGCGGGCUGUCACCUUAUUUGCCGUUCUGUGUAUCAUUAAAAAAAAAAUCGUGACUAAUUUACUAGGAAUUAAACACGAUGAUUUCAAGAGAGAGACCCCGCGGCGAACAAUAGAUGUGUAUGAUAAUGAUCUAUGUCGUGUAGGGGAAAUAUAGUUUAUCACUGACUCACCUAAUAUGACUCACUUACUUAUGCUGAUUCAGGUUCAGUAGUGGUCAGUCAGGGGUGGCCAAUCGGUCGAUCGCGAUCAACUGGUCAAACGAUAUAAUAUUUCGCUAAUCUAGCGAAAGAUGCUCAGAUGCAAUAUUCACACUUUAAUAAGUAAUUACUAAGAAUAAUUUUCAGUUUAAAGUUUUCCCUCUUAAUAAAAUAAAAAAUACUACAUUAUUGUGUAGUUAUGGGUGAAAAUGGAAUGGUAAGCCCGCCUGCGCUAACGGGAUACGCUGGAGGAGCACCAGUGAAGGGUGAUUGAUGAGAAUGAAAACAGGCCAGUUAGCCCAUCAUGAUGAAUUCAUCAGGAAUUAACCAUGAUAGUUUCCAGGGGGAACCGCGAGGAGAUCGACCUGGUUGGGUAUAUUGCUAGCAAUGGGAUUCUUAGUCUUCAUUACUAGUAAUCCCUUUCCCCCCUAAUUAUUGUGUAGUUAACUAUGUUGUUUUAUUUGAGGUUUCAAGAAAUAUGUAAUUAGUAGAUCGCACAGGGUUAUUGUAAACAAUAGAUCUUGGGUCUAGUCAAGUUAGCUUGUCCUGCUUUAAUACAUACGUACUAGCAUACGAAUAAUCGCUAUGUUAAAGAAAAUAGUUUUCUAUAAUUGGAACCGAUACAUAUUAAUGAAAAUGUAAUAAUAAUAAAUAAUAAUAAAGGAAUAAUUGAUACGACCAUAAAAGACUACUGAUGUUUUUAAAUAAUCAAUAAAUCCAUUGACAAUUUCGAUUUGUUACUAAAUUCAUUUAGAGAGUAUUUCUGUGAUAUUUUUUAAAUUUAUUUCACAACACUUAGUUUCUCUUACGAGUAACAACUGUAUUACCUUUUUUUUAUACAUUAAGUAAAAUCUAAGACAUGAGUAAUAAAUAUAUAGAUAGAUAUUUAAUUGUAUUAUCCGUUAUCACAAAUUUAUUUUGGUGCAUUAAUAUACAUAUAAAAAUACGUAUUCAUGUAUUUAAAUGAUGCAAUAAAUUAAAUUAAAAAUUAUAAUAUGUAAACCUUAACCUGAAAAUGGUCAAUAGUGUGAAUAUUAUUUAUAUAUAUAUAUAUAUAUAUAUAUAUAUAUAUAUAUAUAUAUAUAUAUAUAUAUCAUUAUUUGGGUUGUGACUCCUUGAUGAACUUUUAUUGUAUUUUUUUUAUAUACCAAUAAUCGUUACAAAUACCUGUACAUAUUUUUUAUUGUAUAGUAUUUUUAUUAUUUUUUAUAAGGAAAAGAUUUCGAUUGUUCUAACAUCAUUAUAAGGUGUAUUUUAAAACAAUAUUUACAAGCUGAUCCGACAAACGUGUCAUUCUCUAAAAAGCUAUUAGAAACAAUUUGUUUGAUAAAAACUUAGAUAAAAAUUAAAAAAAAACAAUAGUUUUUAGAUAAUUUUUCCAAUUUAUCGCUUAAUUUUAGACCUUCCUAGGACUAUAAUGGAUAUUAAUAGAAAAAUAUUUCGUUUUGUGUUUAGCAACAUGUUUAGCGAACAAUUUUUAUUUAUGUUGAUGUGUGUUUGAAGAUCUAUAUUGGAAAUAUGUCCAUUAAUUGCUACUGGUUGAUAUUUAUUUUCAGUAUUAGAAUAUAUUUUCUAAGAAAAUUUUAUAUUUUAAUUUUAUUAAAUAAUUUUCUAUAAUUUAUUUUUAAUUUAAUUUAAUUUUCUAUAAAUUAUUAUUAAUCAAUAAUAGAUACAAGAAAAUUAUUAAAAAGCGAAUCAAUUAAAUAAAAAAUAUUCCACAAGUAAAAAAGUGGAAUAUAAAAAAGAAAAAUUUUGUGUAAAUAUAAUAGUUAUAAAAUUUCAAAUAAUAAUAUACCUUUUAUGAGUACUGUCGCUGAAUAGCUGAAUAACCUGUACAAAGUUAUAUUUAACUUUUAAAUUGAUAAUUUAUUAUACCAUAUCGUAGAUAAACUGAUGGCUGUAUUUAUGAUAAAAUUAUUGAAUAUUUUAAAUAGCCCUAGCAAUGUAAUAAUGUAAAAACAUUAUUUGCAAUAAUGUUUGAAUGCAAUUAAUUAUGUAUUGCUGCAUAAUGUUAAAAAUUAUAAUAAUAAUAAUACAUAGACACAAUACUGGCUGUAACUAGAAAUAUAUUUGUAUUUAUUACAAUA